AUGUUUGUGCCCCCGGAGAUGAAGGUGCCGCCAGAGGGUCUGCAGCUGCUGCGCUGCGGACUGGCAACGGUGGCGCUUCCCGAACCCCCGUUGCCUUCACCGCUGCUUGCGUACUGGGGCCUUCCAUUCUACAGCGAGCUCCCAGAGGAGGGUCAGGCACGCAUGGAACUAAUGGAGUCCUAUUUGCUUGGUCUGUCGCGCUUGUUGCGGCUACGCAAUGCUUCUCUGCAGGAAGCUCUUGAAAAGGCUCUUGCGAGAGUGAUAGAGGAUGAGGAGGUGGAGCGGGAAUUUAUUGUUGAGGACGGCAAUCUUCUUGCUUGGAGGAGUUUUGUCGACCACACGCGUCUGGAGGCUUUGGCGUGUUUGAGGAAACGAGAACAGGCGGCACGGCUGCGCAUUAUUGAUACGCACUUUACAUUUGCCCUGAGAGCUUUAUGUCAUUUUGAGACGCUUCAUCGAAAGCAUGUCGCCACGCAGUUUUUGGACAGCUUGUUUUUGAAACGGUGCAUGCUGCCUCCUGAGCGUAAGCGGCAGCAGGACUCGCCUUUGCUGAAGAAGAUUCCUGCCGAGGCCUGUAGAACAGCGGAGACCUCGUGGGCUGUUGCCCUUAUUGAAGAAGAGAACUCUUCCCGAAAGUCUCUCGUGGAAGUUUUUUUUGCGGACAUUCGUCUUGCGGCUGAAGUGUUUGCGGCUGUAAUGAAGCGAAAUAUGUAUGUGAUGCAGAAGCCUCGGCUGGAGUUAACGGCAUCCUCCACACUUAAUCAGCAGGCCACCGUCAUUCAGAGCGUCUUCCGGGGGCACCGUGAGCGGAAGCGGCGUUGUGAUUCUGCGGCAUCAGCCUUUGUGUGA